AUGAACCACUUCCCUCAGGCCUGGGGCAGACCCAGAGACGACGUCUACGGCCAAUACAACCCCUCCUACCUCCCGCACUCGCACGGCGGCACCCAAAAACCCAUCACGCACACGCAAUCCCCCAUCGUCACCGGAACGUCGGUCAUCGCCAUCAAGUUCAAAUCCGGCGUCGUCAUCGCCGCCGACAACCUCGCCUCGUACGGCUCCCUCGCGCGCUUCACCGACGUCCACCGCCUCAAACCCUUCAACCGCAAGUCCGUCGUCGGCGUCGGCGGCGAUGUCUCCGACAUGCAGUACCUCGACCGCCUGCUCAAGUCGCUCGACGUGGAGGAGAACUACAGCACAGGCAGCCACACGGCGGCGGAGAGCGAAGCGGACCCGGCCAUGAUGGGCGCGAACAACCUGCACACGUACCUCAGCAAGGUGAUGUACAAGCGCCGCAGCGACUUCAACCCGCUGUGGAACGCCCUCCUCGUCGCGGGCCUCGACGAGAAGAACAAGCCCUUCCUCGCGUCCGCGGACCUGCUCGGCACGACGUUCAGCGGGCCGACGAUGGCGACGGGCUUCGGCGCGCACCUGGCGCAGCCGAUCAUGCGGCGCAUCGUGCCGGACGAGGCGGCGAGCGCGCAGCUCGGGCGCGAGGAGGCGGUGCAGGCCGUGAGGGAUUGCAUGAAGGUGCUGUUUUAUCGCGAUGCGAGGAGUAUGCCUGAGUAUAGCAUUGCGGUGGUGGAUGAGAAGGGUGUGGAGUUGAGGGAGAAGGAGGUUUUGGAGAAUCAGAGUUGGGAUUUUGCCGAUAAGAUUCGGGGGUAUGGGACGCAGACGGUCUGA